AUGCCAGUUGAACAAACAGGAACAAAUGGCGGCGAACUCGAGGUAACAUACGCUAAUCGAUUGAAAACGAAGGCAAAAGAAUGUAAAAUGGGAUUGGUCAGCCAGUUGUCCGAGACCGCCAAGGCUAAUCCCUUCUCUCUUCCAGUUCGUACCGGCAACUGCUUGCACGUAGAAAAGGAAGAGGGAACCAUCUGUUUCGGUCCGGUACUAACGAAUAUCCCUUCGGAUUUGCUGGUGCUCUAUAUCAUAGCGUAG